AUGGUCCGCUAUACUUUUGCUCUAAGGGGUCCUCCUAAGAAUGAAUCGUCCGAUAUUGUGCUUGAGGAGAAAAGCAUAGACAUUUACAAUGAAGAGCAACUGUCUGAACACUUUCUGUGCGAAAUCAACCCAUAUGGACAGGUACCUGUGCUCGCCUCUCCUGUGCUGGAGAAGACGAUCCCCGACAGUCUACAGAUAACACAUCACAUUGCCAGCCUAUAUCCAUCGUUAGUUCCAGACUCGCAUGAGGAGCAAAUAUCGAGUCUCUUGUCUGACUUGCAUUCUCUCAACUACUUCUCACUCUCCUUCUCCGGCAAGGAGCACGUCGCUCACGGUUUCAAAACCGCUGUCCAACAACGACUCAAUGGCAACAUCAACGACCGAUACCGAACGGCGUUGAACUUCAAAUUAGACGUGAUCGAACGGCAGAAAAUUGCAGGUCUCGACCCCAGAACGGUUGAGGAGAUGAAUCAGCGUGCAAAAGCUCUCAUGCAACAGUUCGACUCCCUUCUCGCAGAAUCGACUCCAAAAGAAAGAGACAACCUUUCCCACCAUGUCACAUGGCUAUUUGGGCUGCCCAGACCCACGGCUUUGGACGCACAUCUAAUCGUAUUCAUCGAUAGGAUGCUUAAAGUUGGGAGAGAGGAGGUGGUUCCUGAAAGGCUGAAGAGCUAUGCACAGCGAGCAAUGGGUCAGAACGAAUGGAAAACCCUUGGACCCUGA